AUGUCUCGAUAUCUUACCCGCAGGCUAGCGCAAACGAGCGCCUGUAUCAGGCCCUCCCACGGCCGAAGAUGCUACUCCUCAGCCAAGGCAUCCUUCGAUUGGAAAGACCCCCUCAACUCCAAGAGUCUCCUCACAGAGGAGGAGCUUGCCAUUUCUGAGACUGCAGAGCGAUACUGUCAAGAGAGGCUAGCGCCGCGCGUGCUCGAGGCCUACCGCAACGAGAAUUACGACAAAAAGAUUCUCGCAGAGAUGGGCGAGCUCGGUUUGCUCGGCGCGACAAUAUCCGGUCACGGCUGCGCUGGCGUCUCGACCGUCGCUGGGGCACUCAUCACGCGAGCGGUCGAACGUGUCGACAGCGGAUACCGAAGUGGGAUGAGUGUGCAAUCGAGCUUGGUUAUGGGAGGUAUCGACUACUGGGGUAGUACCGAACAGAAAGAACGCUUUCUUCCUCAGAUGGCUGCAGGCAAGCUGCUCGGCGCGUUUGGCCUGACAGAGCCCAACCAUGGCAGCGACCCGGCAUCGAUGGAGACGGUUGCGCGCCCGCAUCCUACGAAGAAAGGAUUCUACAGCCUGAGCGGCAGCAAGACGUGGAUCACGAACAGCCCCAUUGCGGAUGUACUUCUCGUCUGGGCAAAACUGGCAGAUGGCGAAGGGCCUUCCAAAAUUCGCGGCUUCUUGGUUGAGCGCAAGAACUGCCCUCCAGGAACGUUGGAAACCCCGGCAAUCAAAAAUAAGACCGGCCUGCGCGCCAGCUUGACAGGCAUGAUCCAUCUCGACAACUGUCCUAUCCCGGAAGAAAACAUGUUCCCAACGGUGACUGGGCUCAAGGGGCCAUUCACUUGUCUCAACUCUGCCCGCUUCGGCAUCGCCAUGGGUGUCAUGGGGGCACUGGAGGAUUGCAUCGCCGCAACCCGGGAAUACGCCCUUGAACGGAAACAAUUCGGUAGACCCCUGGCUUCCUUCCAGUUGGUUCAAAAGAAGCUCGCCGACGCGGCAACGGAUGCAGCGUACGGUUCUUUGGCCGCAAUACAAGUCGGGCGACUGAUAGAUGAGGGCAAAUCGGUGCCUGACAUGAUCAGCAUGGUGAAGCGGGAGAACUGCGACCGGGCGUUGAGAAACGCGAGGACGCUCCAAGAAGUUCUCGGAGGAAACGCUGUUAGCGAUGAGUACAGGAUAGGAAGGCACGUGGCCAACUUGUUCGUUACACAGACUUAUGAAGGCCAGAGCGAUAUUCACAGCCUGAUACUCGGACGUGCGGUGACAGGCAUCCAAGCCUUUGUAUAA